AUGAACACACCAGUUAAAUCGAAUAAACCAACAAAUCAAUUCUUAAAUUCACCAACAGUAAAAAAAUUAUUUAAUAGUCCAAAUUGUUCUAUUUUAAGCGCGUCACCCCAGAUAAAUAAUAAAUACUUCGAUUUAGACUUAGAUAAUGACGAUUUAGAUAUUCUUGAAACUAAUAAUGAUGAAACUUCUUUAAUUGAUAAACUAAGGUUAUGGAGACAUGACGCUAUGAUGCAGCAUUUAUACACCACAGCUCAAUUCUGGGCAGACAAGUGUCUUCAUUUGACUAAAGAUCCAAAUGAUGCGUUUUGGUUAGCCCAGAUUUACUUUUAUCAACAUAGUUACUUAAGAGCUUUGAACCUAUUAACUAAACCGUUCAUUAUUGAUGAUGAUACUCCGGUUAGAUUAUAUCAAAUUUCUGUCUUUUGUAGAUACCUUACUGCACAAUGUCAAGUUAAACUGGAUAAGUGGAAUGAAGCCUUAGAGCUAUUAGGUGAUCAAAACCCAUUCAAAAAUCAUCAACAGCAUGGUACAAAUGUUAAGUCUUCAGAUGGUGGUAUCAAAAUUGAGUCAUCGUUAUGUCAUUUGCGAGGUUUGAUUCACCUUCAAUUGAACUCAACCGAGAGAGCGAAACAAUCAUUCAUUGAAGCUCUCAGUUUGGAUGUCAAAAACUACGAUUCUUUCGUUAAAUUAGUCGGUGGUGCUAUGCUUACAGAUGAUGAAGAGUGGCAUUUCGUCCAACGUUUACAAUAUAAAGAGCAAAUUGAACACAAUUCAGACUUCAUUAAAUUAAUAUAUACAACUCAACUUAAAAAGACGAGUCACUCUGCAGAAAUUCAAAAUGCACGUAAUGAAUUAUCAACUGAUUCUUAUGGUUUCAAGCAGAAUGCUGAUAUCCUUCAAUCACAAGCUGAUAGUCUUUAUGCUCAAUUUAAAUUCCAGGACUGUUACAACUUGACGUCGAAUAUUUUAAAACACCACCCUUCGCAUCCUUCCACUUUACCUUUACAAAUUGCUUGCAUGCAACAUUUACCAAGUCUACGUCCUUCUUUGUUCUUAUUAUCGCAUGAGUUGGUUGAAACUGAUCCAGAUUCCGCCAUAAGUUGGUACGCUGUUGGCGUUUACUAUUAUUUAGGUGAAAAAUACGUAGAUGCUCGUAGAUAUUUCUCUAAAUCAAGUUUAAUGGAUCCACGUUUCGAAGCGGCCUGGAUUGGUUUCGCGCAUGCAUUUGCUAUGGAAGGUGAACACGAUCAAGCUAUCACCGCAUACAGCACCUGUAGUCGUUUGUUCCCUGGUACACAUCUACCUUUACUUUAUAUAGGUAUGCAACAUAUCCAACUAGCAAACAACAAUCUCGCUAGUAACUUCCUUCAAGGCAGUUUAUCGAUUUGUGAUCAAGAUCCACUUAUUUGGCAUGAAAGUGCCGUCGUUGCUUAUUAUAAUCAAGAAUAUGAAAAAUCGAUUGUUUUGUUCAACAAAACACUAACACUUAUCGGAGAUAACACUGAUAAAUCCUGGUAUUCAACUCAUUUAGGAUUAGGUCAAGCUUAUAGAAAAACAAGACAAUACAAUAAUUCUAAAGAUCAACUACUAAAGGCGUUAGAUUUGAAUCCAAAUUGCGUAGUUGCAUUAAGUACACUCGGUAUUAUUCAUAAUUAUCUCGAUGAAAUAGAAGAAAGCAUUGAAAUAUACCAUAAGUCAUUAUCUAUACAACCUGGGGAUGCUAUGACGACAGAGUUAUUAAAAUUAGCAGUCAACAGUAACUUGAACAUAACAUCUGCUAACAACUUCAAAAGAUUACCAUCAGCAUUUACAAAACCAACUAAUAACAUUGAAUAUCUCGAUAAAUCUCAACAACAUACAAUUAGUAUGGUUGAUGAUAGUUCAAUAAUUGAUAACACAAAUAGUAAUAUUGAUAUCACAGCUAAUGAAACAAUUGAACAAGAUGAAGAGAGUAUGCUUAUUGAAUAAAUUAUUAAAUUAUUUAUCUACUUGUACAUUAUUAGCUCUUGCUU